AUGCAGCACGAAGGCACCACCAAACCACGCGAGCGUAAUCCACAUAUCCGCCAACUCCAGCAGAAUAAAGAACUUAUUCGAGUACCUGACCAUAAAGGCCCGCUCGGCGUCCCCCCCGCGGGAGACGAGCCUCCAGCAGGCGUACAGCUGCGCCAGCGUCCAGCACGACUGGACGUAGGCGUGCUCGGCCCACGCGAGGCUGGCGGCGACGUAGGCGACAAUACAGGCGGCAGCCGUGGCCCUGCUGCUCCCGCGCCCGCAGUGGGCGGUGACGAGCUGGCCCAGCAGCGCGGGAAGCAUGGCGAGGAGGUAGGUGAAGACCGCCCAAGCGACGAAGGGGAGCCAGUCGAAGGAGACGACGGACUGCUCGAGGAGUCGGUGGGGGGAAGAGCGCGCGAGCUUCAUGUCAGCGAGGGCGUGGGGCCAGAAGAACUGGGUGGCCGCGGGGAAGAGCAGCCGGCGCAUGUGGUUGAGGGUGAUGGCGACGACGAGGCAGACGGCGCCGUGGCUGCGGCCGUGGGCGACGAGGGACCUGCGCAGGGCGGCGACGGAGUGCAUCCCCGUCAUGUCUGCUAUGAAGGUGUCCCACGCCUCCGGGAGCUGGUUCAGGGACGGUCCAUUUCCGCUGUGGUGUUUGGCGGCGAUGCGGCGGCUGUGGGUUUCGCUGCUGCUUUUCCCGUCGACCAAGAUAGUAGCCUGUCGCACGAGGAUUCUUGGGUUGCUGGCCAUAGUGGCUGGCCUAGGCUCGAGUGUCUGCAAUCCUUCCUGUGUGCAAUUGGGGCAAGAAGUAAUUUGGAAGAGAAGUUCCACGUCUCACAAUAUCACAUGGGAGGGAAGAAAAGAGACGGCCAUCGAGGUCUUUAUACACCGUGA